UUACCUCGCAGGUAUCCACACGAUUGAAUAAGGCAUCUGACUCUGCUUGCCGAUUGGAUGGAAUUUUAAUUAGCUCCGCCCACAAUGGCUUUGUAUGACUAGCACUGGCCGAAUGCUUAUUCACUCAAAAAGGGGACGGGUUGCUAUGGGCUUCAGUGUAUGAAGGCAUAGGGAUUUGAUUUCGCAGGGUACCAGAAUUAAGACUGGAAUUUAUAGUCAGCUCAGCUUUUACAGAACACGAAAAUUCGAAGAACUAGCAAUGGCUCAGAAGAAAAAUGCAAGAGGACACAAAAAAGAUGCCAAGCCGCUGCAGGCGAAUAAGAAUGGGAAGAAAGCAGAGGCUGUGGGAGGAACCUCAUUCUUCACCUGGUUUAUGGUGCUGGCUCUCCUGGGCGUCUGGACCUCUGUAGCUGUGGUGUAUUUUGACCUUGUUGACUAUCAAGGUGUAAUUGCCAAAGCAAAGGACUUGCGCUAUAAUCUUUCAGAGGUAUUACAAGGAAAACUUGUAUCCUAUGAUGCUGAUGGUGAUGGAGACUUUGAUGUGGAAGAUGCUAAAGUACUACUAGGAUUGAAAGAUAAGCCUACCAUUGUGACCAGUGAAUCAGUUGAGGAGGCCCCUGCUGAACGUGUAGAAGAAGCUACAGAGCCUAUUGUGGAGGAAGAGAUCCAAGCCACUAAAGUUGAGGAAGCAGCUCAGCCACCAGCAGAACCAGAGACUGUGGAGGAAGUGCCUGUGACAGUGGAGGAAGUGCCUGUGACAGUGGAGGAAGAGCCUGUGGCAGUGGAGGAAGAGCUUGUUGCAGCAGAAGAUGAACUAGCUGAGGAAGAACCAGAGGUUGAAGAGGAGCAUGAAGUUCCUGAGGAAGAACCUGAAGUUGUGGAGGAAGAGCCAGAGGUUGAGGAAGAUUCCACUGCAGAGGCUCUUGAAGAGGCUAUUGAGGAGACAAUAGAAGAGGCUACACCAACAGAACAGAUGGUUGAAGAACCAGUUGAGGAAUCAUUACCACUCGAGGAAGUUGUAGAGGAAGUUGUUGCAGAGGAAGUGGAGUCAGUAGAAGCAGUAGAGGAAGCUGCAUUAGAGGAAGAAGCAGUAGAGGAAGCUGCAUUAGAGGAAGAAGCAGUAGAGGAAGCUGUACUAGAGGAAGAAGCAGUAGAGGAAGCUGCAGCAGUAGAAGAAGCAGUAGAGGAAGCUGAAGCAGUAGAGGAAUUGGCAGAAGAGGCUUCACCUGUGGAGAAAGUGGUGGAGGAGGUUGCAUCAGUGGAAGAAGCAGUAGAAGAAGUAGUUGAAGAGGCUUCACCAGUGGACGAAGCUGUAGAGGAAGCUGAACCUGUAGAAGAAGUUGUAGAGGAAGCUGAACAAGUGGAAGAAGCUAUAGAGGAAGCUGCACCAGUAGAAGUAGCUGUAGAGGAUGCCGAACCAGUGGAAGAAGCAGUAGAGGAAGCUGAACCAGUGGAAGAAGCAGUAGAGGAAGCUGAACCAGUGGAAGAAGCAGUAGAGGAAGCUGAACCAGUGGAAGAAGCAGUAGAGGAAGCUGAACCAGUGGAAGAAGCUGUUGAGGAAGCUGCACCAGUGGAAGAAGCUGUUGAGGAAGCUGCACCAGUGGAAGAAGCUGUUGAGGAAGCUGCACCAGUGGAAGAAGCAAUAGAGGAAGCUCUGGAGGAGGCUGUACUAGUAGAAGAAACAGUAGAGGAGGCUGAACAAGUGGAGGAAAAAGCCGAGGAGUCAGAACCAGUGGAAGAAACACUUGAAGAUACAGAUGAGGAGUCAGCCCCUGUUGAAGAAACAGUAACAGAAGAGGAACUAAUAGAAGCAGCUGAGGCUGUUCAGGAGCAUGAGGAAGUACAAGACUCCACGGUGGAGGAACCAGAGCUUGAGGAAGAAAGUAUGGAAGAAGAGGAAGAUGUAGCAGCUGAGGAAGAUCAGUUUGAGGAGGACAUUGCAGAGGAACAAUUUGAAGAAGAGCCCACAGAAACAUAAAACACUGGGCAGUGUGUCCACUGGGCAGGAUACAGAGAGGAUCAGCACCACAUGGCAUUCCACUGAAAGUGAGCAACUGCCAAUUCCCACCAUGGGUUUAAAAAAAUGAGAACGCAACUUGUACCCUUUUAUUUUUCCAAAUUUUUCCUGUUUUUAUUUUUGUUUUUUUGUUUACUGAUCACACAGUCUUUUGGGUAGGAGUACAAUUUUUGGAAUGUUUUGUCAACUUUUGUUUGGUUGUUUGAUUUUCCCCUUUUUUCUGUUUCCUCGUACAUAGAUGUGAAGUAGCCUUUUUUGAAUGAUCAUGGAUGAUAGUUUGGUUCUAGUUUCCUAUCAUGUGUACACUUUCCUGUUGCUUUGUAGCUCUGAGAGCUUCAUAUUUUAUUCAGCAUGUAAUUAAUCAGUGUCUCUCUCUUUUUAAAUCAUUUGUCGGAAUAAUAUAAAACAUACUUUUUGCUUUAAUGUGAAGGUACUAUGCAAAGCUGCACUGAUAUUUCGCUAUGAUUUCACCCUUAAGUUUAGUACUACCAAUAUGUAUUGAGUCUAUAUUUCCAAUGAUGCAUAUCAAGGACAAGUUUAUGCUGGCAGGUUAACCAAGAUAAUUAUGUGAUCUGUAUGUGGAGUGAAUGGGUGUGCAUGUGCAUGUUUUUUGUGUGUUUGUCUUAUUGCAUGUUCAUGUUUAACUUUAUUGCGAAACAAUCUUUUGUGCCACAUUGUCAUGUUAUUUCCUCAAUUGUGUGGCUUUUUUUUUUUUUUUUAGCUUACUUUCAACAAUUUAGUACCUCUGUUAAUGUUCUCAAUACUGUAACUAUUUGUUUUGCUUGGUGAGAGCAGAGAGCUUGUUUUUGCAUUUUUUCAUAUACAGGAAAGGAUUUUAAAAUACAAAAUCAUAGGUUUACUCCCCUCCAUUUAGUCUUUUUUUAUUGACAGUUUUUCCUUUGUCAGUAAGUUGUGUUCUAUCAUGUGAACUUUUGAAUGUGAUUCUGCUCUUUGACUUAGAAAUACAGCUAAGGUAAGCCAAGACAAUAAACGUCAGCGCUUCGAAGGCUCAUGAUUUGACAAGCUCUCUGUUCCAGUAAGACACUCCAGCUGCUGUGCAGUAUUGUAUGAUGCCUGUGUGGCAGGGAACCUGAGUUUAGUGAAAUAGUGUUUGAGAAGUGUCAUCUAAUGUAAUAACUGUUUAAUAAUGCUUACAUAAAUAGUGCUUCAAAUAUGAAGCAACCUAUUUUACAAAAUGUUUUAUUUUUAUAUCAAGGGAUAGACUUGUGCUUUUUGUGGGAUAUCAUUAGUCAGUACAUGCUAAUUAAUUUGUCUGAUGUCAUGCACUGCUAUUGACACAAACAGAAAAGACACCCUUUUGUUGGCUGGAUUCAAAAGGGAAUAUGACUAAGGGUAUCUUGUCAUUGUAAUAUCUUAUCAAGACCAAAUUAGUUUGUAUUUACUAUUAAUGGUUCUGUCAUCAUUGUUGUCAUGAUUAUUACAACACAAUGUAGCUCUCACCCUUGAUACAGAGUAAAUGGCUAUAAAUUGAAAACAGGUUGGAUCUUUUGAAGGAAACUCAAUUCUGGCUCCUGAAUUAUUUCACUGUGGAUUAAUUUUUUUUUUUCCUCAUUGUGGUGUUAUAUGUACACUGUGGUUUUGCGGGCCUGCCAGAAUAAAUUUUGUUUAUGUGAUAAGCUUUAGGAAAUGCUGCACAUCUCUUCAAAACAAUGGUUUCUCAACCCACAAGUGGCUGCAAUAUAGUUUUUAGUGUUUCCUUUUCUACAACACUACAGGGUGUUUUUAACCCUUAACAUUUUUGAAGUCAAUGUGAAUUUUUUUAGUGGUAUUAAUUUUACAUAAUUGUUUUUUUUUUUUUUUUUUUUUUUUGUUUUUUAAGGUUUUGACAGUUUAUAGUCAAAUUAAAUUAAUUUUACAAAAGUGUUAACCUCUCAAAGCCAUACGUAAAGGUUGGAUUUAGCAGCCUUAGUAAGGACCGGACUUCAAGGGACAGACACCUUACAACCAGCAAUAAAACGAUUUGUAAAGAGGUCAUUUUUUAUUGUAGUUCAAGUAAACAGAAUUUUACUCAAGGCUUUUUAUUCAGAGGUUUACAUGAAAUCCUGCUGUAUAGGCUAACUUGUUUUUAAGUUAUUGAAAUAUUGCAAUUUUAGGGAGUUUUGGGUGACUUCACAAAUCUGCAAACAACUGUAAAUGUUCUGUUUGAGUGCUGCAAUAAAGGUUGGGGACAACAAAACCA